AGUGAACUGCAAAAAAGAAACAUUUAUCCAAGUCAUUCCAAGUGAUCCAUAGACCGAGUUACUCAUAGGGGAUGUGAAUAAUUUGAAUUUUAUUGUUAUAUAAGUCGCAUAUACGCGCGCAUAUAUGCUGCACGUGAUUGCUGCGAUACUGCAGAUUAUUCUCGCUCCAAGAAAAAAAACGAAACAUAAUUGAGAACCUUAACGCGAUCAAUAUUCACGUUAAAUUAUACAUUUUCAUCAUUGCAAUUAUCACAAUGCUAUUAUUAUCGUGACCAAGGUAAUUAUUAUAGGAAAAUAUAAUAUCAAAAAUUUCGUAAAAUGACAAGGAGAUCGUAAAACGUGUGUUUAUUUGAACCGCAGCAUUUGUGUGCAAUUUGUACGCAAGCAGUGUAAUAUCAGAUAAAUUUUUCUUUUUAUGUGCAAAAUCAUUUGCUGAAGACGUUUAAUAAAUGCUUUGCUCUGUUGAUUUAAGCAUCAUAAUGCGAGACAGGGACGUUUUAUAAACGCGCAACAAAAGUGAGAGCGAAAACCUUGUACGUUGUCUGACUUUAUAUGAUUACUGGCCGCGAGCUCAAGCUUUAAUUAAAGGUCAGACGUCACAGGUGUGCGGAGAAGUCGCGAGGGUCGCGGUAUGACGAGCCGACUGUGGAAAGUGUUAUCGCGUAGACGCAUCGAAGAAAAUGAAGAAGGGAAAGGUGAGCUGGCACGGGUGCUCGGUUUAUUCGAUCUGACUGCGCUCGGCGUGGGUUCAACUCUUGGCUUGGGCGUUUACGUCCUUGCUGGAAGCGUAGCGAAAGACACAGCUGGACCUGCCGUUUGUAUCUCUUUCCUCAUAGCCGCCGUUGCGUCUGCUUUUGCGGGUAUGUGCUACGCAGAAUUCGCAUCGAGAGUUCCAAAGGCCGGCUCAGCGUACGUUUAUAGUUAUGUAACAGUAGGCGAGUUUAUUGCUUUCGUCAUAGGGUGGAAUUUAAUUCUGGAAUAUGUAAUAGGUACAGCGAGCGUAGCUCGAGGUCUCAGUAACUAUAUCGAUGCACUGAUAGGAAAUGUCAUUGGUGAUACUAUACGUUCCGUUAUGCCUAUAGACGUUCCCUUCUUGUCGGAGUAUCCGGAUUUCUUCGCUUUUGGAAUGGUAAUGCUACUAGCGGCCCUAUUGUGCGUAGGAGUAAGGGAAUCGUCCAUUUUAAAUAAUAUAUUCACCGUUAUAAACUUAACGACGAUCGCGAUCGUUAUUGUCGCAGGAUCGAUAAAAGCGAACCCAUCAAAUUGGUCGAUCGCACCCGAGAAUAUUCCAGAUACCGUGAGAAAUGUUGGGACGGGUGGAUUUGUGCCGUUCGGUGCCCGCGGAGUAAUGAUCGGUGCGGCAAAAUGUUUUUACGGGUUCGUGGGAUUCGACACCAUUGCUACCACCGGCGAAGAAGCGAAGAAUCCUCAGCGUCAUAUUCCUUUAGCGAUCGUAUUAUCCUUAAUUAUUAUAUUCAUAGCGUAUUUCAGUAUUUCCACGGUCCUGACGAUGAUGUUGCCUUAUUACGCUCAGAAUGCAGACGCACCGUUUCCACAUGCAUUCGACGAGAUCGGAUGGCCUGUCAUUAAAUGGAUCGUCAACAUAGGUGCGAUAUUCGCGCUAUGUACUAGUCUCUUGGGCGCCAUGUUCCCAUUGCCCCGCGUACUGUACGCCAUGGCUAGCGAUGGAAUAAUAUUCAAGACUCUUUCCAAAGUACAUCCUAAAACUAUGACACCUAUAUACGGCACGUUGAUGUCUGGUUUGUUUAUCGGUCUGAUGACGCUCAUUUUUAACCUGCAACAAUUGAUCGACAUGAUGUCUAUCGGUACUCUACUCGCAUACACAAUAGUAGCGAUAUGCGUAUUAGUGUUGAGAUAUCAAAAGGGAGAAAAUUCUUGCAACGCUCAUGCUGCACCACCAAAGAGUAAUUAUCAGCUUACACCUGUAAAUCUAUUCAAAGAAUUAUUCAAUUUGCAUAAUCAAAAGGAACCGACACAGCUUUCCAACAAAAUUGCCAGUAUCAGCAUCGUUUUACUCUGUAUUAUUAUAUGUAUUAUCGCUUUUUUUAUUAAUAAUAUGGGCACACAGUUGGUCGCUGGAGACGCUAUAGUAUCUGUGAUACUAGUUAUAGUCAUGAUGAUUCUUUUUUUGAAUAUAGCAGCAGUCGGUAGGCAACCGGUACAAAAAAUUGAGUUAUCUUUCAAGGUACCUCUCGUGCCACUUAUUCCAUGUCUUAGUAUUUUUACGAAUAUAUAUUUAAUGUUGCAACUAGAUGUUUUUACGUGGAUUAGAUUCGCUGUUUGGCUAUUGAUCGGUUUCUGCAUCUAUGGUUUUUACGGAAUUACCCAUAGUGAGCAAGGCAAAAGAAAUAAGGCGGAAAAUGACAAAUUACAACAAAAGUGUGUGGAAAAAUUUAGGAUAAUGAUCACAUAUCCAUAGAAAUUUAUGCGAAAAAAGAAAAGGAAGAAGCAAAGGAGUUUCAGACAUAAAAAUUUCCUCUUAUGAGCCGAAAAAACAACUGAAAAGACAAUGUUACACUAAUACAAAAAGAUAUAUACGUUUAUUACGCCUAAAGUUCGGCCAUACUUAUAGAUAGAGCGCACGCAGAUUUAUUUUUUGCUAUUUUUUUUUAGUGUUCAUCUUUCUAGCGAGAGUAUAGUGGAAAAUAUCAUUUCUUUUGUCCUGUUUCCACAUAUAUUUUUGCGCUACGUUUAUGUUUCAUAUAUCUUUGAUGUAGUGAUAAUAAUUGCACCAUGUGAUGUAAAAAAAACGUAUACACGCGCAAAAACGUGCAAAUGUACUUUAUUACGCGACAGUUUUUUAUAAAACAGAAAUAAUAUGCUCUUUGUACAUCGGUAAAAGAAAAAACGAGAUACUUUGAUACAGAAUAAUAUUUUCGACAUAUUAGCAAUGUAUACACUUGACAACAUUCAUAAAUAGAUUAAUUAUGUUACACUAAUGUGUUGAAUCUUAAUCGUUAUCUCUCAUCAUAGUAUACCAAAUGAUAAAUAAUAAAAAAUAAAACUGAUGACAUGCUGUAAGAUUUUAUUAGUUAUACCAGGAUUUAGUGUGUGAUGAUCAUUGUGAAUAACUUAAGAAAGAAGAAUAUAUACUAAUAUAAAAGUGUAAUAUAUAUAUAUAUAUAUAUAUAUAUAUAUAUAUAUAUAUAUAUAUAUAUAUAUAU